UAUAUGUCGGUAGUGGAUCCCUUGGUUGCGGCUCAUGUUAUACAUGAUGUGUUGGAUCCAUUUACAUCAACUGUUCCACUCACAAUAGGCUACAACAAUAGGCAAGUUCGCCCAGGUGCUGCGCUAAAACCAUCUGCCGUUGUAAGCAAGCCGCGAGUUGAUAUUGGUGGCAACGACAUGAGAGUUCUCUACACCUUGAUGCUGGUGGAUCCAGACGCCCCAAGCCCAAGUCACCCAUCACUAAGGGAGUACUUGCACUGGAUGGUGGCAGAUAUCCCUGGAACAACCGGUGUCAGCUUUGGCCAAGAGCUUCUAGUUUAUGAAAGGCCGGAGCCAAGAUCUGGCAUCCACCGAAUGGUAUUUGUGCUGUUCCAACAACUAGGUAGAGGGACGGUUUUUGCGCCGCACAUGCGGCACAACUUCAGCUCCAGGAACUUCGCAUGUCAGUACCACCUCAACACUGUGGCCGCGACAUACUUCGACUGUCAAAGGGAAGGUGGAUCGGGCGGAAGAAGGUUUAGGCCGGAAAGUUCUUAA